AUGUUUAUCGAACGUUCGAGAUAUACGGUGACUGAUAUAUGGCGCUCAUACUUUGCCCAGAAACUUUUGCAUCUCGUUGGCGAAAGAGUGGCUUUUUAUCCAGUGAAUGCUAUACAAUUUAGAAAUGCACACGACUAUUUGGCUGAUUUUGAACAAGAGUUAGAUGUGUAUAUGAAAUCUGGAGAAUUUGUAGAAUUGCUCGAAUCAUGGCAUUGCGAAUCCAGCGAUAUCAGCACGUGCGCAGUAGAACUUGCUGAAGAGUUGGGGCGGCUAGGCUUCUGGCAGAAGAAAGACGCUCACUUGGUGAAGCUAUGGAUAGAUGAUCUCAAAUCAAUAGGGUAUGAUUUUCCCAAAAUGAUAACUAGACCACUCUUGGCAGACUGCAUCGGUAGCAUAGACAACGAACCAACUUGUCACCCAGCUCAUAUUGAACUCAUUACAGAUAUGCCUCUAAACCACAGCAAAAAGGCCUUGAAAAGAAUGAAACAAAAGCUAGAGUAUGCCGAAGAUUUGCAUAAUUGGUGUAGAAAAUCAGAGCCUGCAGAAGUCUUCACCUCAUUCAGCUAUGAUUAUCUCGCUGAAAAGCACUCAAAACAACAAAGUCUUGUUGACAACCUGGGGAAGGCCUUGAUUGUUGUUGCUGACCAAGAUGGUGCUGGACUAGGUUUACUGCAGCGAUUAUAUCAACCAUAUUUUGCAGUAUUGAUCUUUUGCGGAAGAGGAGAUUUUAUUCACAGACAAGGAAAUACAGGCAACAGUAUGAACAUGGCAGAUCCCGUGAAUUACAUCACAUUAGAAGCAAAUGCUCCUUUAUUUGCAAUGACAGCGAAAUGUCUUGUUAGGGUCUUGAUUAUUGUUGCUGACCAAGAUGGUGCCGGGCUUGGUUUACUGCAACGAUUAUAUCAACCAUAUUUUGCGGUGUUGAUCUUUUGUGGAAGAGGAGAUUUUAUCCAUAGACAAGGAAAUACAGACAACAGUAUGAACAUGACAGAUCCCGUGAAUUAUAUAGCAUUAGAAGCAAAUGCGCCCUUAUUUGCAAUGACAGCGAAAUGUCUCGUUAGAGUUCAGCAGAUGAAGUUGCAGAAUGUGACAGGGUAUUACGCAGUAAGUGAUGCUGUAAUAUUGCAAAUGUGGAAUUGGCACGACCCCAAAAAGGUGCUUUUCCCUUCCCAAGGCAAAAGACCAAACGAGGCACUGUGGAAGGACGCGAACGGUCUGCCAUCGAGUAAAACAGUGUAUCAACUCAUAACGGGAAAGUACAAAGACGAUGAAGCUGUGCAAAAAAUGUGGCAAGAAUACCAAGUUGGAUUGUUAUCGAAUAGAAUUCACCAGUCUCCUCUCGCACAUUUGCAAUCCGAUGCUGGAUUUGCCGACAGUAUGUUCAUUUACCUUCCCGCGGACAAGAUUGAAUAUUUCUCGGAUCUCGUGCAGAUAUUUGAUGAGGCAAAGAUUCCUAAAGGAUUUGCAGUAGCUAAGUUUCUGGACACAGUUGAAGUGGAGUGGCUACCAUCUUUGGCGAAUGUACUCACCAACGAUGGGAAGGUUGAUACUAAGAGUUUAAUACUGGCGAAUCCCACACGAUUUUCCGAGCAUGCCAAAAUUGAGGAGAGGAAGUUGUAA